GAGGAGGCCGCGUGUCCAGCCGCGGGCAGGAGACCGAGCAGGUCCCUGUGUCUCCAAGUCCCUGAGCCCGUGACACCGGCCCCAGGCCCGGUAGAGAGCAGGCAGCCACCAUGGCGAAGGAGGAAGAUGAGGAGAAGAAAGCCAAGAAAGGGAAGAAGGGGAAGAAGGCACCGGAGCCGGAGAAGCCCAAACGGAGCCUGAAGGGGACGUCGCGGCUCUUCAUGGGUUUCCGCGACCGCACACCCAAGAUCUCCAAGAAGGGCCAGUUCCGCAGCGCCUCGGCCUUCUUCUGGGGCCUCCACACCGGUCCCCAAAAGACCAAGCGCAAGAAGAAGGCCCGCACUGUGCUCAAGUCCACGUCGAAGCUCAUGACGCAGAUGCGUAUGGGCAAGAAGAAGCGGGCGAUGAAGGGCAAGAAACCGUCCUUCAUGGUGAUCCGCUUCCCAGGCCGCCGUGGCUACGGCCGCCUUCGGCCGCGCGCCCGGUCGCUCAGCAAGGCGUCCACGGCCAUCAACUGGCUCACAAAAAAGUUCCUCCUCAAGAAGGCCGAGGAGUCGGGCAGCGAGCAGGCCACGGUGGACGCCUGGCUGCAGCGCUCGAGCUCUCGCAUGGGCUCCCGCAAACUCGCCUUCCCGUCGGGUGCCGAGAUCCUGCGGCCCGGGGGCCGGCUCCGGAGGUUCCCCCGCAGCCGCAGCAUCUACGCGUCAGGCGAGCCCCUGGGCUUCCUGCCCUCCGAGGACGAGGCCCCGUUCCAUCACUCGGGUUCCCGUAAGUCGCUGUACGGGCUUGAGGGUUUCCAGGACCUGGGCGAGUAUUAUGACUAUCACCGCGAUGGCGACGACUACUAUGACCGGCAGUCACUCCACCGCUACGAGGAGCAGGAACCCUACCUGGCGGGCCUCGGCCCCUACAGCCCGGCUUGGCCACCCUACAGCGACCACUACUACGGGUACCUGCCGGAGGACCCCUACGACUACUACCACCCCGACUAUUACGGUGGCCCCUUUGAUCCAGGGUACACCUACAGCUACGGCUAUGGCUACAACGAUUACGAACCCCCAUAUGCGCCCCCGUCGGGGUACUCGUCUCCUUACAGCUACCACGAUGGGUACGAGGGCGAGGCGCACCCAUAUGGCUACUACCUGGAUCCCUAUGCACCGUAUGACGUGCCAUACCCGCCCUAUGACCUCCCGUACCACACUCCCUAUGAUGUACCCUACUUUGAUCCCUACGGGGUCCCCUACACCGUCCCCUAUGUCGAAGGCGUCUAUGGCGGUGGGGACGAGGCCAUCUACCCCCCCGAGGUGCCCUAUUUUUACCCAGAGGAGUCGACCUCGGCCUUUGUGUACCCCUGGGUACCACCGCCCAUCCUGUCGCCCCACAACCCGUAUGCCCACCCCAUGGAUGACAUUGCCGAGCUGGAGGAGCCGGAGGACGCGGGCGGGGAGCGUCAGGGGACCUCCUUCCGCCUGCCCAGCGCCGCCUUCUUCGAGCAGCAAGGCAUGGACAAGCCCGCCAGGUCCAAGCUGUCCCUCAUCCGCAAGUUCCGCCUCUUCCCGCGACCCCAGGUGAAGCUGUUUGGGAAGGAGAAGCUGGAGGUGCCCCUGCCACCCUCUCUGGAUAUUCCUCUGCCCUUAGGGGAUGCGGACGAAGAAGAGGACGAGGAGGAGCCGCCCCCGGUGCCCGCUGUGCCCUACGGCCACCCUUUCUGGGGCUUCCUCACGCCACGCCAGCGCAACCUCCAGCGCGCGCUAAGCCCGCGAGAAGCCGAGGACUCAGAGGUGCCCUGGACCGUGCCCCCGCUGGCCCCCAUCUGGGACGUGGACAUGUCUCCCACCCAACGCCCACCCUCCCCCUGGCCAGGAGGUGCAGGCAGCCGCCGAGGCUUUUCCAGGCCACCUCCUGUGCCGGAAAACCCCUUUCUCCAGCACGUAGGCCCUGUGCCAUCCACCACCCUCCAGCCUGAGGAUGCAGCUGCUGGUAUGACCAGGGUCUUCCUGGGCAGACACCAUGAGCCGGGUCCUGGACAGCUCACCAAAUCAGCUGGCCCAACCCCUGAGAAGCCUGAAGAAGAGGUCACCCUGGAAGACCCCCAGCUGCCAGCAGAGACCAAGCCUCCAAUCCCAACACCUCCCAAGGAUGUCACACCCCCCAAGGAUGUCCUCCCAGAGCAAAAGACAUUAAGGCCCAGCCUCUCAUACCCACUGGCUGCACGUGAGCAGACCAGGGCCACAUGGCCACCAUGGCACCGCUGGGGGACACUGCCCCAAACCGCAGCCCCCUUGGCACCCACCAGGGCCCCAGAGCCCCUGCCCAAGGGGGGCGAGCGGCGCCAGGCAGCCCCUGGGCGUUUUGCUGUGGUCAUGCCUCGUGUGCAGAAGCUGAGCUCUUUCCAGCGAGUUGGGCCUGCAGCCCUGAAGCCUCGAGUCCAGCCAACCCAGGACCCCAAGCCAAGAGCCUGGGGUCUUCGCUGGUCCUGCCUCUGGCUUCGGGCAGAUGCCUGUGGACCCAGGCCACGAGUAGACGCCCACCCCCAGUCCUGCCACCUGGGCCCUGGAGCCGCCUGCCUCUCCCUUAAGGGCUCCUGGGAAGAGGUCGGCCCCCCAAGCUGGCGGAACAAGAUGCACUCCAUCCGAAACCUGCCAUCUGUGCGGUUCCGCGAGCAGCACAGGGAGGAUGGCGUGGAGGACAUGACACAGCUGGAAGACCUCCAGGAAACCACUGUGCUGUCCAACCUCAAGAUUAGAUUUGAACGGAACCUCAUCUACACAUACAUCGGGAGCAUCCUGGUGUCGGUGAACCCAUACCAAAUGUUUGGAAUCUAUGGGCCGGAGCAGGUGCAGCAGUACAAUGGACGGGCCCUGGGAGAGAAUCCCCCGCACCUCUUUGCUAUUGCAAAUCUCGCCUUCGCCAAAAUGCUCGAUGCCAAACAGAACCAGUGCAUAAUCAUCAGUGGAGAGAGCGGCUCUGGCAAAACUGAGGCCACCAAGCUGAUUCUGCGCUACCUGGCCGCCAUGAACCAGAAACGGGAUGUCAUGCAGCAGGUGAUCCAGAUCCUGGAGGCAACACCCCUCUUGGAGUCCUUCGGUAAUGCCAAAACCGUCAGGAACGACAACUCCAGCCGCUUUGGGAAGUUCAUGGAAAUCUUUCUGGAAGGGGGCGUGAUCUCUGGUGCCAUAACCUCCCAGUAUCUGCUUGAGAAAUCCAGGAUCGUGUUUCAGGCCAAAAACGAGAGGAAUUACCACAUCUUCUACGAGUUGUUGGCCGGGUUGCCUGCCCAGCUCCGGCAGGCCUUUAGCCUGCAAGAGGCUGAGACCUACUACUAUCUGAACCAGGGUGGGAACUGUGAGAUAGCGGGAAAGAGCGAUGCAGAUGACUUUCGCCGACUCCUGGCUGCCAUGGAGGUGCUGGGCUUCAGCAGCGAGGACCAGGACAGCAUCUUCCGCAUCCUGGCCUCCAUCCUGCACCUGGGCAACGUCUACUUUGAGAAGUAUGAGAUGGAUGCACAGGAGGUGGCCUCAGUGGUGAGUGCCCGGGAGAUCCAGGCCGUGGCAGAGCUGCUGCAGAUCUCCCCUGAGGGUCUGCAGAAGGCCAUCACCUUCAAAGUGACCGAGACAAUGCGAGAGAAGAUCUUCACGCCCCUAACUGUGGAGAGCGCUGUGGAUGCCAGGGACGCCAUCGCCAAGGUCUUGUAUGCACUUCUGUUCAGCUGGCUCAUCACCAGGGUCAACGCACUGGUGUCCCCACGGCAGGACAUGCUGUCCAUCGCCAUCCUGGACAUCUAUGGUUUCGAGGACCUGAGCUUCAACAGCUUUGAGCAGCUGUGUAUUAACUACGCAAACGAGAACCUUCAGUACCUUUUCAACAAGAUCGUCUUCCAGGAGGAGCAGGAGGAGUAUAUCCGUGAGCAGAUCGACUGGCAGGAGAUCACCUUUGCUGACAACCAGCCCUGCAUCAACCUCAUCUCACUGAAACCUUAUGGCAUCCUGCGAAUCCUCGACGACCAGUGUUGCUUUCCCCAGGCUACAGACCACACCUUCCUACAGAAGUGCCACUACCAUCAUGGCGCCAACCCGCUCUAUUCCAAACCCAAGAUGCCGCUGCCUGAGUUCACCAUCAAGCACUAUGCAGGCAAGGUCACCUACCAGGUGCACAAGUUCCUGGACAAGAACCACGACCAAGUGCGCCAGGACGUGCUGGAUCUGUUCGUUCGGAGCCGGACACGGGUGGUGGCACACCUCUUCUCCAGCCAUGCCCCACAGGCUGCCCCUCAGCGCCUGGGCAAGAGCAGCUCCGUCACUCGGCUCUACAAGGCACACACCGUGGCUGCCAAGUUCCAGCAGUCACUCCUGGAUCUGGUGGAAAAGAUGGAGAGGUGUAACCCCUUGUUCAUGCGUUGCCUGAAGCCCAACCACAAGAAGGAGCCAAAUCUCUUUGAGCCAGAUGUGGUAAUGGCACAGUUACGCUAUUCAGGGGUGCUGGAGACCGUGAGGAUCCGCAAGGAGGGAUUUCCAGUGCGCCUGCCUUUCCAGGGGUUCAUCGACAGGUACUGCUGUCUAGUGGCCCUCAAGCAUGACCUGCCGGCUAAUGGGGACAUGUGUGUGUCAGUGCUGAGUCGCCUGUGCAAAGUCAUGCCAAACAUGUACCGUGUUGGGGUCAGCAAGCUGUUCCUUAAGGAACACCUAUACCAGCUGCUGGAGAGUAUGCGAGAGCAUGUCCUGAAUCUGGCAGCCCUCACGCUGCAGCGCUUCCUCCGUGGCUUCUUCAUUAAGCGGCGAUUCCGCUCUCUGCGCCAUAAGAUCAUCCUGCUGCAAAGCCGGGCUCGUGGCUACCUUGCCAGGCAACGCUAUCAGCAGAUGAGGAGGAGUCUGGUGAAGUUCCGGUCCCUGGUACACGCAUACAUGAGCCGCCGACGCUAUCUCAAGCUGAGGGCAGAGUGGAGGUGCCAGGUGGAGGGGGCGUGGCUGCGGGAGCAGGAGGAGCUGAGCAAGCGGGAGGUAGUGGCUGUGGGGCACCUGGAGGUACCGGCUGAGCUGGCUGGGCUCUUGCAAGCAGUGGCAGGCCUCAGGCUGGCCCAGGUGCCUCAGGUGGCCCCUGUGCGGACUCCUCGGCUCCAGGCUGAGCCCCGUGUCACACUGCCCCUGGACAUCAACAACUAUCCUAUGGCCAAGUUUGUCCGGUGCCACUUCAAGGAACCUGCCUUUGGGAUGCUGACAGUGCCCCUGAGGACACCCCUCACGCAGCUGCCUGCCGAGCACCAUGCAGAAGCCGUGAGCGUCUUCAAGCUGAUCCUGCGUUUCAUGGGUGACCCCCACCUGCAUGGUGCCCGGGAGAACAUCUUUGGGAACUACAUUGUGCAGAAGGGGCUGGCGGUGCCUGAGCUGCGGGACGAGAUCCUGGCACAGCUGGCCAAUCAGGUGUGGCACAAUCACAAUGCCCACAAUGCUGAGCGGGGCUGGCUGCUGCUGGCCACCUGCCUCAGUGGCUUUGCACCUUCCCCGCGCUUCAACAAGUACCUUCUCAAGUUUGUGUCUGAUUAUGGGCGGAAUGGCUUCCAGGCUGUGUGUCAGCACCGCCUCAUGCAGGCCAUGGGCCGGGCCCAACAGCAGGGUUCGGGGGCUGCCCGCACCUUACCCCCGACCCAGCUCGAGUGGACAGCGACCUAUGAGAAGGCCAACAUGGCACUGGACGUGGGCUGCUUCAAUGGUGACCAGUUCUCCUGCCCGGUGCACUCCUGGAGUACGGGAGAAGAGGUGGCUGGAGACAUUCUGAGGCACAGGGGGCUGGCAGAUGGCUGGCGUGGCUGGACUGUGGCCAUGAAGAAUGGUGUCCAGUGGGCAGAGCUGGCUGGCCACGACUAUGUGUUGGACCUGGUGUCGGACCUGGAGCUGCUCAGGGACUUCCCUCGACAGAAGUCCUACUUCAUUGUGGGUGCAGAGGGGCCUGUAACCAGCAGGGGAGGCCCCAAAGUGGUGUUUGGGAACAGCUGGGACUCGGAUGAGGACACACCCACUAGACCCCAGCCCCAGGAGCACAUGCACGAAGUACCUGACUCUGAUGGGUACAGCAGCCACAAUGAGGAUGGCACAAAUGGGGAGACUGAGGCCCAAAGAGGGACAGCAACCCACCAAGAGUCAGACAGUCUUGGAGAGCCUGCUGUGCCCCACAAGGGGCUGGACUGCUACCUGGAUAGCCUCUUCGACCCCGUGCUGUCCUAUGGGGAUGCGGACCUGGAGAAGCCAACAGCCAUUGCCUACCGAAUGAAAGGGGGAGGCCAGCCCAGUGGAGGCAGCAGUAGUGGUACUGAAGACACCCCCAGGAGACCCCCAGAGCCAAAGCCAAUCCCAGGCCUGGACGCCUCCACAUUGGCUCUGCAGCAAGCUUUCAUCCACAAACAGGCCGUGCUGCUGGCCCGGGAGAUGACCCUGCAGGCCAUGGCGCUCCAGCAGCAGCCCCUGAGUGCUGCCCUGAGAUCCUUGCCCACAGAGAAAUCCCCAGCACCAGAGGCACAGCUGAAGUCUGUAGGCAUGGGUCCCCCUGCCAAACCCGUGCUCCUGCGUGUCACUCCAAAGCCCUUGGCUCCAGCCCCUCUGAAGGCUCCAAGGCUCACCACUAAGCCUGUGGCUGCCCCUGUUCUAGCUCAGGAUCAGGCUUCUCCAGAAACCACUUCACCCUCCCCAGAGUUGGUCCGGUACUCAACGCUCAACUCUGAGCACUUCCCACAGCCCACACAGCAGAUCAAGAAUAUUGUCAGGCAGUACCAGCAGCCAUUCCGGGGAGGCCGGCCCGAGGCCCUCAGGAAGGAUGGCGGGAAGGUGUUCAUGAAGCGGCCAGACCCCCACGAGGAGGCCCUGAUGAUCCUGAAGGGGCAGAUGACUCACCUGGCAGCUGCACCUGGCACCCAGGUGUCCAGAGAGGCCGUGGCCCUGGUGAAGCCGGUGACCAGUGUGCCAAGGCCAUCCAUGGCACCCACUUCAGCUCUGCCCUCGCGGUCGCUGGAGCCCCCUGAGGAACCCAUGCAGACGCGGCUGCACCGCCUCAUCAACCCCAGCUUCUACGGCUAUCAGGACGCCCCCUGGAGGAUCUUCCUGCGCAAAGAGGUGUUUUACCCCAAGGACAGCUACAGCCAUCCUGUGCAGCUUGACCUCCUGUUCCGGCAGAUCCUGCAUGACACACUCUCUGAGGCCUGCCUGCGCAUCUCUGAGGAUGAGAGGCUCAGAAUGAAGGCCUUGUUUGCCCAGAAUCAGCUGGACACACAGAGGCCCCUGGUAACAGAGAGCGUGAAGCGGGCCGUGGUCAGUGCUGCACGAGACACCUGGGAGGUCUACUUCUCCCGCCUCUUCCCUGCCACGGGCAGUGUGGGCACUGGUGUGCAGCUCCUAGCUGUGUCCCACGUGGGCAUCAAACUCCUGAGGAUGGUCAAAAGUGGCCAGGAGGCUGGCGGGCAGCUGCGGGUCCUGCGUGCAUACAGCUUUGCAGAUAUCCUGUUUGUGACCAUGCCCUCCCAGAACAUGCUGGAGUUCAACUUGGCCAGUGAGAAGGUCAUCCUCUUCUCAGCCCGAGCACACCAGGUCAAGACCCUGGUGGAUGACUUCAUCUUGGAGCUGAAGAAGGACUCUGACUACGUGGUCGCUGUGAGGAACUUCCUGCCUGAAGACCCAGCGCUGCUGGCUUUCCACAAGGGCGACAUCAUACACCUGCAGCCCCUAGAGCCACCUCGAGUGGGCUACAGUGCCGGCUGCGUGGUUCGCAAGAAGGUGGUAUACCUGGAGGAGCUGCGACGUAGAGGUCCCGACUUUGGCUGGAGGUUCGGGACCAUCCACGGGCGCAUUGGCCACUUCCCUUCGGAGCUGGUGCAGCCCGCUGCUGCCCCCGACUUCCUGCAGCUGCCAGCGGAGCCGGGCCGCAGCCGAGCAGCCGCCGUGGCCGCUGCUGUGGGCUCUGCAGCUGCUGCACAGGAGGUGGGCCGCAGGAGAGAGGGUCCCCCAGUCAGGGCCCGCUCUGCUGACCAUGGGGAGGAUGCCCUGGCGCUCCCACCCUACACAAUGCUCGAGUUUGCCCAGAAGUAUUUCCGAGACCCUCAGAGGAGACCCCAGGAUGGCCUCAGGCUGAAAUCCAAGGAGGCUCGGGAGUCCAGAACCUUGGAGGACAUGCUUUGCUUCACCAAGACUCCCCUCCAGGAAUCCCUCAUCGAACUCAGCGACAACAGCCUCAACAAGAUGGCCACCGACAUGUUCCUAGCUGUGAUGAGGUUCAUGGGGGACGCCCCACUGAAGGGCCAGAGUGACCUGGACGUGCUUUGUAACCUCCUGAAGCUGUGCGGGGACCAUGAGGUCAUGCGGGAUGAAUGUUACUGCCAAGUUGUGAAGCAGAUCACAGACAAUACCAGCUCCAAGCAGGACAGCUGCCAGCGAGGCUGGAGGCUGCUAUACAUCGUGACUGCCUACCACAGCUGCUCUGAGGUCCUCCACCCACACCUCACUCGCUUCCUCCACGACGUGAGCCGGACCCCGGGCCUGCCCUUUCAGGGGAUCGCCAAGGCCUGUGAGCAGAACCUGCAGAAAACCUUGCGCUUCGGGGGUCGUCUGGAGCUCCCCAGCAGCAUAGAGCUUCGGGCCAUGUUGGCAGGCCGCAGUUCCAAGAGGCAACUCUUUCUUCUUCCUGGAGGCCUUGAACGCCAUCUCAAAAUUAAAACAUGCACUGUGGCCCUGGACGUGGUGGAAGAGAUCUGUGCUGAGAUGGCUCUGACACGCCCUGAGGCCUUCAGUGAAUAUGUUAUCUUCGUUGUCACCAACCGUGGCCAGCAUGUGUGCCCACUCAGUCGCCAUGCUUACAUCCUGGAUGUGGCCUCAGAGAUGGAGCAGGUGGACGGCGGCUACAUGCUGUGGUUCCGGCGUGUGCUCUGGGAUCAGCCACUCAAGUUCGAGAAUGAGCUAUAUGUGACCAUGCACUACAACCAGGUCCUGCCUGACUAUCUGAAGGGCCUCUUCAGCAGUGUGCCAGCCAGCCAGCCCAGCGAGCAGCUGCUGCAGCAGGUGUCCAAGCUGGCUUCACUGCAGCAUCGCGCCAAGGACCACUUCUACCUGCCGAGCGUGCGGGAAGUCCAGGAGUACAUCCCAGCCCAGCUCUACCGUACAACAGUAGGCUCGACCUGGCUCAACCUGGUCAGCCAGCACCGGCAGCAGACACAGGCGCUCAGCCCCCACCAGGCCCGUGCCCAGUUUCUGGGCCUCCUCAGCGCCUUACCUAUGUUCGGCUCCUCCUUCUUCUUCAUCCAGAGCUGCAGCAACAUUGCUGUGCCAGCCCCUUGCAUCCUUGCUGUCAACCACAAUGGCCUCAACUUUCUCAGCACAGAGACUCAUGAAUUGAUGGUGAAGUUCCCCCUGAAGGAGAUCCAGUCGACGCGGACCCAGCGGCCCACGGCCAACUCCAGCUACCCCUACGUGGAGAUUGCGCUAGGGGACGUGGCGGCCCAGCACACCUUGCAGCUGCAGCUGGAGCAGGGACUGGAACUGUGUCGUGUGGUGGCCGUGCACAUGGAGAACCUGCUCAGUGCCCGUGAGAAGCGGCUCACAUUGCCCCCCAGCGAGAUCACCCUGCUGUGACCUGGCUCCCAGCCCUCCAGUACCUUCUCCAGAAGACUCACUGUGUGGCCUCAGAGAAAUCACUAGACCUCUCAGGAUCAAUGACCCCUGUAAGGGGCCAGAGCCUUGGAGGACACUAAGAGGAGGCAGGAGGAGCAACUAAAAUCCCCAAGAACCCAAGAAGACCCAUCCUGAAUUGGGAUGGAAUGGCAGCAUGCAGACUUGGGUCAGAUAGCAGGAGGAACUUUCAAAAGUCUGGCCCAUGGUGCAGUGGAGCAGAAGGCAGGACCAUGAG